GUAAUAAACCCAUCCAGUGCCAUCACUGAAGAGAAAAAAAAAACAAUCUGAGACUAAGCAUAGUUUUAAAGCUAGAGCCGAUUAUGUUGAAAGACACAAACGGCGAUGAAUAUGCUUUGAUUGGAAGCAAAGAUGUAGCCGAGUCUGGGAGAAGGAUUGAGUUGAUUGUUAAUUGCAGCCGUUUAGGAGUUAAUGCUGAGCUAUGCAGCAUAGAGUUUAAAAGACAAGAUGCAAGUAAAUUGGUGGUUUCUCAACAAUAAACCAAAUAUGCUAGAAUAAACUCAUUUAUCUUGAGCAGCAUAAACUCUCUUUUUCUACUCAAGUAAAGCUUUCAUUCAGAUAGAAAUUUGAUAACAUUCUACUCUUCUUAAUAAAGAAUUUAAUUUUCAAGUCGUCAACUUAAUUCAUCAUUUCAAUUUAUAAACAUUAAAG